GCGUGUGAUGGGGACAAGGCGCUGUAUGCGCUCACACGUUCAGUGCAGAUCGACCCCGACAACGGGGAGGCGUGGAACAACCUGGCGGUGCUCAACUUACAGCGCAACCGAAUGCAAGAGGCGUUUAAGACGCUACAGGAGGCACUUAAGCACAAGGGAGAGGACUGGCACCUGUGGGAAAACUUUGCGAAGGUGGCUCUGGAUGUGAAGAGCUACCAGCAGGUGCGGUGGGUUGCCAGCAGGUGUGAUGCGGUGCCGGCAGGUGGGGCAGGGUGCCACCAGCGCCUACUUCCUCUCUCUCCCUGCUCUAACCUGCCCCCAACCCAACCCCAUGCCACCUCCCCCAUUCUCCCCCCACCCAUUCCUCUCCCUCCUCUCUCUCUCUCCCCCCAAAGGCUGGAAAGCGGGUCGACACGGGUGUUGCUUCAACCCACCCUCCCCCACCCCCCACUUUCCCCUCUCUCACUCCCCCGCCCCCCAAAGGCGGUGAGAGCAGCAUCACGAGUGGUGGAGCUCACUCAAGGCAAGCGGGUCGACACAACCGUGCUAGAGGGGCUGAUAGGGGUGGUGGAGAGGAAUAGGAGAGGCGGGAAAGGGGAGGAGGAGGAGAAGACCGGUGAUGGCGAGGGAGGAAGAAGGGGAGAGGAGGGUGGAGGUGAGGGUGGUGGGGAGGGGUUGGAGGGGAGAGAUGGGGAUGGUGGUGAGAUUGAUGAUUUGAUGAUGAGUUUACAGCCGUUGGAUCUGGGCAAGAUGGCAGGGGGAGAGGAGGCGGUGGGCGGGGAGGGUGGAGGAGAGGGUGGAGGAGAGGGGAAUGGUGUGCCAGAAACGAAUGGUGCUUAUAAGGAGGAUGGAGGGACGCAAGCAGGGAGUGGUGGUCCCAUGAACGAAAGGGAGGCCGCCAGGCUUGAAACCGAGCUCAUAAAGCUUCUGGGAAAGGCGGUGGCGUCAGGAGCAGGAGUGCCGGAGAUUUACCGCCUGCAAGGAACCUUCCUGGAAGCCGUGGGCGAUGCUGACGUGGCAGCGGAGGCCUUCCUGCGCCACGUGCGCUCUCUGCAGUCUGCCAGCUGGCAGCACGGCGAGCCAGACGCGUUCCGCCAGCUGACACGGGCGGCGCUGAGGUGGACGGUGGCAGUGGUGCGAGGGGUGGCUGGGGAAGAGGGGGUGGAGGAAGUAAAGAGGGAAGGAGUGGAGGAGAGAGAAGGGGAGGGAGUGAGAGUGAGUGGUGCUGGCAAAAGGAGGUUGGCAUCGGUGCGCAUGCUUCUAGGCAACAUCUUGAAGCAGUUAGCACUAUGGAGGCUAGAGGGGAAUAGUAGUGGUGGUGACACUACUGGUGUAACAUGA